CAACACCACAAAUGUUUCCAAAGCACACUAGAAACCUUCUAAUGCAGGCCACAAAUCCACUAAAACAAACGAGAAACACCACAAAACAAACCACAAGUCUUUCAUAAGCACACCAGAAACCUCCUAAUGCAGACUACAAACGUGAUAAAAAAAAACCACAAAAAAAAAUCAGAAACCUCCUAAUGCAUACCACAAAUCCUCUGAAACAAACCAAAAACCCCACAAAGCAAACCACAACAUUUGCGAAAGCACACCGGAAACCUCAUAAUGCAAACCACAAAUACAGUAAAUCAAACCACAAAAAAGCAAACCAUAAACGUCCUAAUGCAGACCACAAAUAUAUUAAAACAAACCAGAAACCCCUCAAUGCAAACCACAAAGUUUUUGAAAGCAAACCAGAAACUUCUCAAUGCAAACCACAAACACGAUAAAACAAACCAGAAAUUUCUUAAUGCAAACCAUAAACACGAUAAAGCAAACCACAAAAGGCAUACGAAAAUAUGAGAAACCAAACCAUAAAUCUCACAAUGCAGACCAUAACAUCCAUGGUCGUUGACCGAACUCCGGUGAGCGUCAGUCAGCAGAUUCCGACGCCGAUAGGCAUAUUCUGGCCCCGAUGACUAGAUUUCGACGCCGGUAAGCAUAUUCCGACCACGAUGAGCAUAUUCCGACGACAAUGGCAUAUUCCGAUGACAAAAUAGCAUAUUCCGGUGACCGACGACCAAUGUCAAAAUUCCGGCGACCAAAAUUUUGGGCCGAAAAUAAAAAUAAUAUUUUUAUUUUUUUAUAUUAUUAUUUAAACAUAUUUUUCAUAAUGAUAAUUAUACCCUUGUUUUGAUUUUACACUAGGUCAACUCAUCUAAUAAAAAGUCAUCACAACCCUAGCUUCCUAUUGGUUGGAGACUAGUGUUGUUAUAAUAACAACACAAGGAGUGUUGUCAUAGUAUCUAGUACCAUCACGAAGAUAUCUAAAUCUAAAAAAAAGAAAAGAGGAGGAUAGGAAAGAACCGGUUGUUAUAAUAACAACACAAGGAGUGUUGUCAUAGUAUCUAGUACCAUCACGAAGAUAUCUAAAUCUAAAGAAAAAGAAAAGAGGAGGAUAGGAAAGAACCGUGGGCUACUGAGCCCAAUAAGCCCAAAACGAGUUAGGAAAGUGCCGUGUAGACUGAUUAACGCGCAGACGCGCCGGCCACCCAGGUUUUUUAGAACCGAUCGCCGCCGUGGCAGCCGUCGUUGAAGACCCUUUAUAAGGACGGACAACGGGAUAAGGCAAAAGUAGAAGAGGAAGUUGGUCACGUUUUUCAGUAAAUAAAUACAUAAUAAGCGUCAUAACGCCACGCCGAUACAUAAAAUCCAAAACCCCGUUACUCUUUCUCUGAGUUUCUCUAUUGAUCUCUCACCGUCACUUUCUUUCUCUUCCCAUACCGUAUGAUCCCGAACCUCUGCAACAUCCCCUGAUCAGCUCUCCUUCCACAGCAAAUUCCUCAUCUCUUUUCUCAUUUUUUGGGGAAGCGAAGAAAACAGAGGGCAGCGAUGGGCGAUUUCGAAUCUCUAUCGGAAGCUACAUCUGGAGCAAUAGGAUCGCUGCUCAGCACCACGAUUUUGUAUCCGCUUGAUACCUGUAAGACCAAGUAUCAGGCCGAGGUUCGCGCCCAUGGCCAGCGCCGAUACAGGCAUCUAUCAGAUGUUCUAUGGGAAGCAAUAUCAAAUGGACAAUUCCUGUCACUAUACCAAGGUUUAGGAACAAAGAAUCUCCAGUCCUUUAUCUCGCAGUUCGUUUACUUCUAUGGAUACAGCUACUUCAAGAGAUGGUACCUUGAAAAGAGCGGUUCCAAGAAGAUCGGAACUAAGGCGAACUUGCUUGUUGCUGCUGCUGCAGGAGCAUGCACUGCCAUUGCCACACAGCCAUUAGACACUGCCUCCUCGAGGAUGCAGACCAGUGCAUUUGGCAAGUCGAAAGGGCUUUGGGACACACUGACGGAAGGUGACUGGAGUAAUGCAUUUGAUGGCCUCGGUAUCUCUCUCUUGCUGACGUCGAACCCUGCAAUUCAGUAUACAGUGUUUGAUCAGCUCAAACUGAAGCUUCUGAAGGGGAAUCAAGCUAGUCUUUCUGCAUUCACAGCAUUUCUCUUGGGUGCAUUGUCGAAGAGCAUUGCUACCUGUUUAACUUAUCCAGCAAUCAGAUGCAAGGUGAUGAUUCAAGCUGCAGAGGCCGACGCGAACAAUCACGAUGAUAAUGAUGAUGAUGAUGCCGAGAAGAAGAAGAAAGCCAAGCGGAAGGCAAGCAAGACACUGUCAGGAGUCGUGUUUGCCAUAUGGCGGAAGGAAGGAGUGACAGGGUUCUUCAAAGGACUGCACGCUCAGAUCUUGAAGACGGUGCUGAGCUCGGCUUUGCUUCUGAUGAUCAAGGAGAAGAUCGCUGCCACAACUUGGGUUGUUCUACUUGCAAUCAGAAGGUCACUCUUGGGUCAGUAUGGUAGGCUAAAAAGUGCCUGAGGAAGAGCAAAUUAUGCCAUGUAGUUGAGGGGGGGCUUUGAUGCUUUGUACAUAUUCAAUAGCUCUAUGAGAAAGGCAGAAGCAAUCCGAGUAUAGUUUUCCAGGUUCAGUAUCCACGAACACACACACAGCUGGAAUCAGCUUUAGAGAAUAAACUCUCUUUUCAUUUAACCGAACCUCUUUUUGGAGGUUUUCUUCUUAGUUAAGAGGAAUAAUUUGACGCGUCUGAAACUGAGGCUGAUUUUUGGAACUUUAGGACAUUUUCAUUGUUCUUGGUGUUAAUUGUUUAAUCUUGUUCGAACCCAUUAGAAUGCCAAGAUACAACUUGCCAUGCAAUCAUAAAAUUAAAUCAAUACAAAUUAAGGGUAGCAUAUAAUUACUUUAAUAGUUACAAAUUAAGGGUAGCAUAUAAUUACUUUAAUAGUUAGGUUUUGAAUAGUAGGUUUUGAAUAUAGUUUUGAAAAACGAACUUACCUCUCUAUUAUUUUUUAUACACAAAUGUAGAUUUGCACAAAUGACAAAUGUACCUUUCAACUAUAAACUUGUAACGAAUGUGACCUUCUGUCAACUUUAUCAAUGACAGUUACAGAACAUGUGAUAUGUCCAAAUUGUUCUUUAUUGUAGGCAAAAUAUACUUCUAUAACCAUAACUUUCAUGUUUGUGACAAAUAUAGCCAUAACUAUAGGAAAACACAAAAUAGCUCAAAAAUUGGAUAGUAGUGUGACAAAUCUAGCCAUUUCCAUUAGAAACUUGAAUGAUGUUAUAGACUCCAUCAGUUCUGUUAGCGAUACGCUGACUAGGACGCCAAAUCAGCGUACACAUCAGCGAUAAAUUAGUAUCAAAUGACACUAAGACAACACAUCAUAUUUACUUAAAAUAUUUGAUCAUAAACAAAAAAUUAAAAAAACAAAAAACAAAGGGCUAAAUUGCAAGUUGGUCAAUGAAAUUACUAAAAAAUUCAUGUUUGUCACUAAAAUUAAUUUAUUUCAUCCGUGGUCACUAAAAUUAGUUCAACAGUUCAAGUUUGGUCACUCUUUGUUAACUUUCGCUGAUGUGGCAGUCAACUCUAAUCGUUGACCGUUAAAUGUGUGACGUGGCUAUUAAAAAUAACAUAAUAAUAAAGUUUAAUUAUUUAA